AUGUCUCUCGAGCCAGCGGCUAGGAAGAGAAAGACAAAGAGAAAACCUCCUGGUUCCAUCGUGACAUUUGGUAACCGUACCAUUUCUCUUGCAGGCUAUCUUAAUGAGCCGGAACCUCGCCAGCGAAAAACGCCGACAGGCGCUUCAGACGCUGAGCCGUCUCACGAGAGCAAGCCGGAAAUCCCCGCCCAGAUUUCCCCUCAGAUUUCCCGGACACACCGUCAGGAUCGGAUUAGAGCGUCACGAACCGGAGAGCCGAGUUUUUUGAAGCAGCGGCAGGCUCUGCCCAUUUGGUCUAGUCGUGAGGAUGUCAAGCAGAUCUUGCGCCACAAGAAUGUUCUGAUUCUUGUUGGUGAAACUGGCUCAGGAAAGUCCACUCAAAUUCCGCAGUUCCUGCUAGAGGAAUCCUGGUGCCGUGGCAUGAUUGCCAUCACACAGCCUCGACGCGUUGCAGCCACUACACUGGCGCAUCGUGUUUCCAAGGAAGUCGGAACCCCCAUCGGAGGUGGCAGUCAAAAGGGACUUGUAGGCUAUUCGGUGCGGUUCGACCAUCAUGUUCCCCGAGGUAGCAGAAUCAAGUUCAUGACCGAGGGAAUGCUACUCCAGGAGCUCAUGCAUGAUCCCCAGCUACGGCAGUACAGUGCCGUUAUCGUCGACGAGGUCCACGAGAGGAGCGUGGACGUGGAUCUGCUUCUGGGUUUCCUGAAACAGAUUCAAGCAUCAAAGAACCAAGAGCGGCCAGACAACCCACUCAAGAUUGUCAUCAUGAGUGCGACUGCAAACGUGGAACAGAUUCAAGAUUUCUUUGCUGGCAAGGAGAAAGAGGAUGGAUCAAAGUCGAACUCUACCCAUUCCCCUGGCUCAGUCGUGGAGUAUCUUCAGAUCCCGGGACGACAAUAUCCGGUCGAUAUUAUUCAUCUCCCCAAACCCGUCCCAGAUAUCCAAGACGCACUUUGCAAGAUGGCCUUCAAAAUCCAUGCACAAGAUCCAUUUCCUGGCGACAUACUCGCAUUCCUCACAGGACAAGAGGAGAUCGAAGCCGCACAGAAAAUCCUGGAGGAGGAAGCCAGUAAGCUUCCUUCAGAUGUCCCAAAGAUGAGGGUUUUCCCCCUUUUUGGGCAGUUGUCGCUUGAAGCCCAGCAACAGGCGUUCCAACCUGUCAAGGAAAAAUUCACCAGGAAGGUAGUCCUGGCUACGAAUAUCGCCGAAACAUCGGUCACCGUCCCUGGUGUCAGAUACGUGAUCGAUUGUGGCAAGGCCAAGGUCAAACAGUUUAGAGCCAGGUUAGGCAUGGAGUCCUUGCUGGCCAAACCCAUCUCGAAAUCGUCAGCUAUACAAAGGUCAGGUAGAGCUGGACGAGAAGGCCCUGGAAAGUGCUACAGGCUCUAUACGAAGGAAACAUUUGAAGACCUCAAGGAUAUUGAACCACCCGAGAUCCUUCGCACCGACAUCCUUGGAGCGCUCUUGGUCAUGAAAUCGAGAGGCAUCGAUAACAUCUUGGGCUUUCCCUUGAUGGACAUGCCAGAUAUCGAAUCUCUCGAGAAAGCGCUCAUCCACCUGUAUUACCUAGGCGCGCUGUCGGAAAAUGGCUCAAUCACCCCCGCGGGGAAGAAGAUGGCACGGUUUCCGGUGACUGCACCCUAUGCACGAGUGCUCCUCGCUGCGGCCGAGCCACAAUACGACUGCCUUUUGGAGGCCAUUGAUGUCAUAUCAUGCAUCACCGCCGGAGAAGAUAUCUUCCACCAACUUGAUUCGGAGGAGAUGAGGGAGGAAGUGGAGGUUCAUCGACAGGAAUUGUAUCGACGAGAAGGUGAUCUCCUCACGUAUCUGACGACCAUGCGGCGGUACACAGCAGAGAAUACCAACCGAAUGGAGUGGUGCAAAUUGCGGAAAAUCAACAUUAGAAAUAUGAGGCAAGCCAUGAACAUCCGCAAGCAACUUCGCGGCUUGUGCCUCAAGGAGAAAAUGCUUGCGGAAGCACCUGCGCCAGAUCCUCAACCCUUUGAGCCGGUUGCUCCAGAGAGGGCCGAGGUAUUGAUCAAAUGUUUCAUGGAAGGAUUUGCCUUGAAGACGGCAAUGCUGGCCCCGGACGGGAGUUAUGUCACCAGUCACGGAAAACAUGUCGUUGCGAUCCAUCCAUCCAGCGUGUUGCAUGGGCAGGGAAAGAGAGAGGCAAUCAUGUUCCUAGAACACGUCUUCACCCAAAAGAACUAUGCCAAGAAGGUUACGGCCAUCCAAGCCGGGUGGAUUGCGGACACACUUGAGAGGGCUCGAGGCAUGACAGCACGAUAG